AUGUAUUUAAAUCCAAAUAACAAAUCCCUUCAAAUCAAACUGGAUGGAACUUCCAUUAAUAUGAUCUAAGACGGAAAUAUAUUUGCUUUAGAAUAAGUUUAAAGCUGUCUUCCCACCUAUGAAAAUCUAGAGCAAAUAGAAAUUUUAUACUUCAACAUUAACUUAUCCUUUACAAAUGAACUUAGUUAAUUAAUGCUUAUUAGUCCACAGAUCAUCAAGCUACUUAAAAGCUUCAAAAAGAUACACCAAUUUUAUUUUAGGAUAGACUUUAAUCCAAAUUUACCAAUUCUAUAAAAUGUAGAUUUUAUUUUGAACCAAAUUCAAAACCUUCCAAUCAAAGUAUUCUCAUUUCAGCAUAGUUGCGAUUAUCUUACAAAAAUUGAGUAUUUUACUAAGCACCUAGCUUUGAAUUCAAGAUUCUAGCUUGAAAAUAUUUAACUAUCAUUGAAAAUACUAAGUGCAACAAAAGGUUAAGAAAAUUAUUUUAUAAAGUUAAUGCAAAAUAUUUAAGUUUUAGUUUAAAAAAACUAAAACCAUUUGAAAAGUUUCAAUUUAACGCUAGCUUUUGUUCAAUAUGAAGAAGUAUAUGAAAUGGACUACUCUCUACUUAGCACAAUUGUAGAGUGCCCUAAAUUAACUUCCUUCACUUUUCAGACUAAUGUGCAACCUAACUAAUAUUUGCCUCUACCCUAGUGCUUAUUAAAUUAAUAACUUCUACAUCUACAAAACUUAAACGAGCUUAACUUAGAAUUUCAAAAUUAUGAAUCAUCUAGACUUGAUUUCUCCUAAUAAUUAUAUUUAAUAUGUUAUAAAAGAAUAAACUCUUUGCGACUAAUCAAUUCUAUUGAAUCUCUAAGUUCUUUAAAUAUUUCAGAAAUCAAUCCAUAUAUUAAAACUUUUUCUUUUAGUAUAACCAGUGUUUCACACUAAUUUAAUGCUGAUGAUUUUAAUUCUCUAAAACUAAUAGCUACACUUAGAAAUCUUGUCCACCUUAGAAUAUUCAUAUCCUAGCCUUCAAAUAUUUCAAACAGAGAAUAUAACUGCUUAGCUGUUGCCUAAGAGAUGUUGUAAAUGUUAAGUAACAUUGUAAAUUUUGAAAUAAAAAUAAAAGGCUUUUUAGAUUCUUAAAACUUUAUGAGAUUCUUUAGCAUUAUAAGAGAAAAAUAGUUUUUAAUUAGACUUAAAUAAAUGUGCACCUCUCCAUCGUUACAAAAUUUAAUGUUUUAAAGAAGAUAGUUAAUCUAAAUUAUUAACUUAAUCAAUAAAAAAGAUUAUCUUUAUAAUUUAAAAACACUUUUUAGGAGAGAUGUAAUUAUUGACAUGCUGAGAUUUAAGGCAGACAUUUAAAAUUGA